AGUUUGAUGUCAGCAGACAACAACUUGAAAGUCUACGCUAAGUUGACACCAUGUCCUCUACUAGGAGGACGGAAAUUUUCAUCGAGAUGCUAACACUUGGACUUGGCUUAUUGGUGCACUUUGGUAAGUUCCACAUGUUUAGUGCUUCAUUUUUAUAAUUGAAAACUGAACAGGAACAAUUUUUUUAAAAAAAUUCGAAAUUCGAAAUAAAAGUUAUUUUAAAAUAAGAACCAUCACAUUUAAGAAGUUAAUGAACGUGUAGUAACUUAGAACUGGUUUGUGAGGACUCUUUUUUUUUUUUUUUGAAGAAAGAAAAGAUGAGAACUUAAGUUUGGCAUUUCAUUUGCUAUCUCCUGAAAAUAGUGCGUCCGCUUAAUAUGCAUGAGGCCAAGUCACCUUAGAGCCUUUUAUUUUUUUUAAUUUUUUUUUUCCCUAUAUGUAGGAGGCAAGAGACAAAUGAAUUAAAUUUCGGAAAAGGCAAACAACUUUUUAAACAGUGUAAAGCACAUACUGUUUAAAACAUCUUAGAUGCAUCAGCUGCAACUUACACCGACAAAACUUGUUCCCUGUGGCGUAGCUCUACGGUAUUUGAAUUGUAGGCCAUGUAGUAGGAACGUGUUUACCUGUAAAAGAUUUUUGAUGAAAAAACUGACAAACUUGACAAAGGAAAGGGGUUUAAAAGAGGAGACUUGACCUGGACUUGUGAAUUGUAAAUUUCUAAUCAAGAGCAUGAGAUCCAUACAGUCUGAUGUCAAUAAGAAUUUAGUUUUGACAAUUAGAAAUUGAAAGCUGCUGUCUUAAAACAAAAUGUUGACUACCCAUAAUUGAUUUGUCUAGUACCUUUAGCUGAUAAGGAACAUUCCUUAUUGUUCUGUUAGUUACUUCUUGUACUCUUUUUUCCAUUUCGUGCCAAUUUUUAAGGCCAGACCAAGGUUAUAGUUCUAUUGUUGUGCUAUUAAAAAAAAAUCGACCCAAGUAAGGAAUAUGUUCGGGAAAGCUGCUCCUUUCGUAAAACACACCUAGGAAAGGUCUUUGGAACAACUAAGCUGUGGCUUUUGUUUGGGCACCUACCUCUGGCGAAGCUGAUCAUUAAAACAACCGCGACAAAAACAAUAAAGGAGUUGAAAUGCAAAGACGUAGAGUCCCGAUUUGAGUUUUCUGAAAAACAUAUGCAUAAAAAUGACUUAUGUAUAAGUUUUGAAUAGCCCAGUUAAGUUGAAAACUGGUAGUAAAUUCGAACAUAAUUUUUUAGUGGAUCGAUACUUCGUUUUAAGCUUUAAAUUUUAAAUUGUUUCAUUUAAUAAAUAUUAAUGAUAAAUUACAAAAAAGGAUAAUGUUGCACCAUUAAACUAUUUUAAAAAGCCUUCGCCCAAUUCUAUCUAUUUUUCUCUACAGUUCUUGCCACAGAAUACAACCGCGUUUUAAUAUUCAAGGGGCCAAUAGGGGGUAAAAUGCUUCCGGGUCACGUGAUAAGGACAGAGAAGGUGGCAAAUGAAGGGAGCUGCCGUGUGAGGUGUUUUUUGGAGCCCAACUGUGUGUCCAUUAAUGUCGGUCCUGCUGGCGACCAAGGACAGCGCACCUGUGAGUUAAAAAACAGAUGAAAGUCCAUCACAGACUGGCUUGCAGGAAGCGACAGGCCACAUUCACUAUUCAGCUGAG